AUGGGUAAAAAGAGACAUGCUUAGGACAAAAUGUGGAUUACUAACUCCGAACUUACUAGUGAGUGGGGAGGAAAGAAAGAAGAACACAGAAGUAAAAAACAGGAAUAUGUUAAGAUGCCAUUCUACUAUUGUAAUCUGUCAAUGGCACCUUUUGUAGAUCCUUAUUGCACUGAAGAUGGAAUAAUAUUUGAUCUACUGACGAUAAUCCCUUAUCUAAAAAAAUACAAGAAAAACCCCAUCACUGGUGGCCCAAUGAAAGAGAGUGAUCUUAUCAAAUUGAAUUUUCAUAAAAAUGAGUAGGGGGAGUUUCACUGUCCUAUUACUUACAAGACUUUUACAGAUCACACUCAUAUAAUAGCUGUCAGAGAAACAGGGAAUGUAAUUUCAUAUGAAGCCUUCAAUGAGCUCAAUAAAGAACCUUAAUGGUACUUCGACCUAUUGACUAACGAGAAGUUUGACCCAAAAAAGAUUAUCCUGAUUUAAGAUCCUAAAAGUCCAGGAAGGAAAAUCAAUGACUUUCAUUACAAGCAAAGCAAUGAAAAUAUUCAAGACCUAUUAAAGGAUAAAAGUUUAAAGAAAAAAGAAGGAAAUGAAUUCGUUAACAUCUCAUCAUAAGCUUAGAGAGUUCUAGAUUAAAUGAAAGCGUAAAAUGAAGAAACUAAGAAUGAUAAAUCAUAGAAGAGCAAAAUAGACUCCGAGUUUUUCAAAAGUUUUGAAAUCGAGCCUGAUUUUGAAAGUCUGAGAAUUGAGCCAAAGAUAUAUAUUGAGAAGAGAAAGAAGGAAGGCAGUAGGGUACAUGGGUCUAGCACUGAGGGGAAAGCCAGCAGCGGAUUUACUAGUACUAGAUAUGAACCAAUCACUUCAAAUCAGAUGAGACAGCUAUCUGACAAUGAAAUUAGGAAAGAUUAUUACAAUCCAAUCAAGAGUAAAUAAACCAAGGGAAGUGUGCAAAUCAUUACAAAUAAAGGCAGCAUCACAGUGCAGAUACAUUGUGAUAGAGUACCAAAGACUGGAGAAAAUUUCCUUGAGUUGUGUGAGAAUAAAUACUACAAAAACACUAAGUUUCAUAGACUGAUUAAGGGCUUUAUGAUUCAAGGAGGUGAUCCUGAAGGAAGUGGCAGAGGAGGAAAGUCCUAUUUUGGAGAUAAAUUUGAAGAUGAGUUUCAUCCAAGCAUUCCUCAUUUAGGCAGAGGUAUUCUAUCAAUGGCUAAUAGUGGUGAAAAUACUAAUGGAUCUCAAUUUUUUAUUACAUUCAAGUCAUGUCCUCACUUGGACGGUAAACACUCAGUCUUUGGUAAAAUCAUGACAGGGCUAGAAUUCCUAGAUCAGGUUGAAGGUAUCCCAGUGAAUGAUAAAGAUCAGCCUAAAGAAGAAGUCAUUAUUGAAGAUACAAUCGUAUUAGUAAACCCUUAUAGAGAUACAAUAGCUGAUAUUUUAAUGAAAGAGUGGAAAUUAAAAAGCCUCAAAGAAAAACAGAAGAAUUAAGAUGUGAAGUGGACAUCGCUUAGUGGUUUCAAGAAAAAUGAAGACAAAAAUACAACAGUCGAUACUAUUGGUAAGUACAUAAAACCCUAAUAAGGCAUGAUCCCCUCUAGCAUGAUUGCACCUCAAACUAAAAAAUGA